AUGUAUGCCAUUGUAUCAUUCAGCUGUCUCAUUGAAUUCGUAAAAGGUCAAUAUCCUGACGAAGUGGAGGGGGUUGUAAGAGAAGGAAUAAAGACAAAUUUUGAAUCGUUCAAAGCAAAGAAACGAAGAGAAGAGACUGGUAAACAAGAAGAACAUAACAAGAAAAUGGCUGUGUACAGCAGAUUGAAAAGAAAAUUAAACAACAGAAAAAAGGCAUUAAAAGAAAUAUCCAGCAUGCCAAAAGAACAAAAAGAAACAGUUAUGCAAAGUAUGGAGACACAGUAUAUGUCUUCUGAACAAACCGAUUCAGAACUGAGACGAAGGGUCGUUUAUCGUCACACUUCUGCCUUGGAGGUCUGA